AUGCAAGCCACCCCAGCGCGUUCGCCUCCCCGAGAUGUCGCCGAGCACCCGUGCAUUGCAUCGAACGCCACGUCCCCGGGUCUCCCUCAUCAGCGCGUACUCCCCGCUCGCUGCGUCCAGCCUCCGAUGAUCAGAGUCCCUCUUGCUACGGUCGCCAUCUAUCGGCAGCGUCGAACGAAGCCUCCUGCGCUCACCGCUCUGCCCCGUGUCGGUCAGGGACUCAGAGGAUUGUGCAUCGCACCAUGCCAGGAAAGCGUUGCGCGCUCUUCGACUUCUAUGCGACCCACUCGCCGCGCCAUUCGCUCUUCGCCUGCUCCCCCUCCCCCCUCCCCCGCCGUCACCGCCGCCAAUCAAGAUGGCGCAGACGGCGGGCACGUCGUCCUCCGCUGGGCAAGAAAACGUGGUGCAGUGCGAGCCGCGAGCCAAACAGCAUGCUCGACAGGGGACUCGGUAUCCACAAUGGGCGACGAGAGCCCACGGCGCACGCGGCAUCGAGGUGGACGUUGCCGCGCUCCCCUCUCUUUCCUGUGCUUCCGUGUGAUGGCCGCUGACCAGCUCCCAAUGCGUCGUGUAUUUUUCCAGAAUGCGGCCGGUGCAGGCAUUCCGCAGGAUCGUGGGAUUCGGGCGAGGCAGCGGUCGUGCUGCGCCGCGCCGGGGUCCUCCGCUGAGUCUCUCCUCGUGUCCUCCACUCGCUAUGGGCAGGGAUGGGCGCGUGUGCGGUGUCGGUUGCAACAGAUCUAUCAUGUGCUAGGCUUCAUUGACAUGCCCGUCGCCACCGCGCGCAAAACAAGUCCGCAUCGCAAAUGA